UGCAGAAUCCUGAGAAAUCACCGAGUAGCCCAUCUUGCACAAGCUGUACGACAGCCGGCUCCACAGACUUACAUCCGUCAUGUCCGCUCAACGAACAUUUUCCUUCUGAAGACAGCGUAAAUACCAGCGUUGCAGACCCAGAGCUUAGUGCGGAGUCCGGAUAUAACGAGCAGCGUGGACUAAACCUUUUCCCCGGCUCAAUUCCCUGCGAUUUUCCUACUUAUAACCACAAAUGGAGACGUGAAUUUCAAAGUACAUCGUAUGUGGUGACAGGCAAAUGCUCCGUUUUGACUCAUUUGGACAACACUUAUUCUGUGCUAAAACAAUCUGAAGAUGAAGAUCAGAAUACACUUAAAUCAAAGAUUUGUGAUCUCAGGGACGAAAAUCCGGAAACAUGCCAUCACACAGAACCAAUAUUGAACAGCGAAACUGAGGCUCAAGAUCUUUCCAAAAAAUUUGAACAUAUUUCUGACAGAAAAGAAGAUAGAAUUAAUUCGCCAAAGUUGAAGUCAGGUGUUGUCUCAAGUGUCCCCUAUUCGGACGCUCUAGUCAGUGGAAUUCUUCUCGGUGAUAAAGCAUACAUUGGCUUAGAGAGAAAACGGUUAAUUCCUUCUGACACUUGUGGUGCAUCAGUCUCAGCUCCAUCUCACGAGCUGACGUUUAACACUAAUAAAACCACUGACGCCCAGUCUACAUUUAAUACUUACGAUAGUGCGGAAACACCACUCGAUACAGCUGUGGAGGGGAAAAGUAACAAUAGCUCCUUACAUCUUGAUCGAGAGUCAGUUCAGAUUGAAGAAAGCCCUAACACUAACUUUCCAAUACCCACGAGACAAGUUGACAUGGAAACUUCUCCAACUACUUGUGCGGUGUCUUCGGGGUACGAUAUUCAGGAUCUAAAAGACCAGGAGAGACCCUUAGGAAUGUCAAUGUCCACAACGACCAUAGAUCAAACGCACCAAGUUCAGACAUUGUGUCAGAGCAGCGGCUCAAACACAGGGGAACACGACAGUUCAUCUCGCAAUUCAGCUUUCCAGAAUCGUUCACUUUCUUUUACUGUUGGAGAAUGUGCCGACAAUAAGGAUGUCCAGGGCAGGGGUUUGCCAUUUCUAUGGGGACAAGGGGCAUUUAAGAAUGUCAAAGAACUCGGUCAUAAAAUUUCUACAACGGAUUAUAGCAGGAGAAUAGAACCAGGGUCGACUUCAUCUCUCAGAUACAUUCCUAACACAUCCUCACUGUUUAAUUCUUCCAGGCCAGAAUUUAUGAUUGAGCCAUCCCAGAGUAAUCUCAGAACCCUAACUGAUACUGGGCAUUGUGAAGAACUCAGUGAUCACAAGUUACACAGUAGUGGACCGCAAACAUUGUCGACACAACAGCACAGAUCAAGUGGUUCAAGUAACGAAUUCUCACAAAAACCUCAAUUUGAGAUCACGUACGAUUCGAAAUCGUAUUCUCCGAAGGAAGAACUCUUUGAAAAAGCCACCUCGCCCACUCGCUCGUCAAAUGGUUCUUUGCAAGGGGGUGGAUACAUCAACGUUCAAGAUCUUCCCCAUUACAAUGUUGCUUUCGACAUGUCAGCCUCAAGAAGUGGCAACGGCGGCGUCAGUGACGAUGGAGACGAUCUGACCAGCAAAAGAGACAGCAGCAAUAAUAAACUGCGCCGACGCCGGACAGCGUUCACCAACGACCAGCUCCUGGAACUAGAGAAAGAAUUCCACAGCAAGAAAUACUUAUCUCUGACAGAGCGGUCUACAAUAGCUGCGCAGCUCAAACUCAGCGAAGUUCAAGUCAAAAUCUGGUUCCAAAACCGCCGGGCGAAAUGGAAGAGGGUGAAGGCCGUGAACGUCCAUGCACGUGUUGGUAGUAGUCACGGGGCAAUGCCCGACUCACAUUCCGUCGAAGGCAGUAAGCCCAAGAUUGUGGUACCCAUCCCAGUGCAUGUAAACAGAAUCGCUAUCAGAGGUCAGCACCACGAGAUGGAGAAGCAUCGAUCCCUUCCACUGUUAGGGACGCCUGAAAAAUGAUGUUGCGUACACCCGUCGUUCGGAAUUGUGUGAAGCAAACUGGUUUGCCUGACCAAAGCUUCUUGCAAAGAUAUUUUUUAAAGUGGAUUUUUCUGUCAUUAAAAAAUGGUAAAAGCUAUAUGCCCACAUUAACACAAUAUAUAUGUUUCUAGAAAGCAGACUUCUUACGAACCUCGACGUCAGAUCCAACUUGAUUUGAGCGUGACAAAAUGUCUCAGCAGACAGACGAAGAUACUCGAUUUCAAAAUAGAAACCUCCUCCUACAGGAAUGUAGUUCAUAGUUUCUGCUUGCAAGGGGGAUGCACUUAAAGCUACCCAUUGACCUAAAACACAGUACGCUAUGAAUGUUUCAUCUCAGUUACCCAACUGAAAAUGUUUUUUAAAAACGAAAGAAAAACAGUUAGUUUUAGAAUAGUUUGUCUCAAGUACCCUCCGAACUGUCAACAAAGUAGACCAAGAACAUUUUGUCUGUUUGCACGUGUUUUUUUUGUGUGUGUUGUUGUUUUUGUUUUAACUAUUAAACCAAGAACUGAACUAAAAGCAUAUUAUGAAUGACAUUGAACCUCAUUUGUUGCAUCUGAUGACUAGUCUAGGAGAUCACUAGCAAUCUUUUCAGCGUCCUGCACCCGAAGUGGUGCCUACCCUUGCGUAAAUAUUUUCUUACAAAACUCAUGUUAAUAAAGAUCAUAAUAUUAAAUAUGUGACACGACUCGGUGGAAUCAGGCGCUCGUCAACUGUUUGGUCAUAAAUGGAGUUGUUAGUAUCAUCACAUAGGUUGGUCAUUACUAAUCUUUGCUUUGUAUUGAAGAAAUAACCAGCUUUCUUGAAUAGAAGUUCAGAUAUUUAUGAUUGAUUGAGGUGUGUGUGUCGCAUGGUAUCUGAGGUAAAAUUAAUGAGAAGAUGGCCUCCCCAGUUUGGUGACAUCCAAAGCUUGAGUGUCCUUGGAAACCGCAAAUUUACUUUUUAAAGCCUUCUGUUAAAGUUUUUCAAUAACAUUCUCCCCCAAAAUGUGUUUUAAAUGGACGUAAAUGGUGUUGAGUAAUAAGAAAAGAAAGAUCAAAAUUGUCCAACAGGCGGGAAAAAAACGGGUGUUUCAAUUUCAUUAUCUCAACGAGCGCCUGGUUUCACUUCAACGAACCACAUUUUCUUGCACAGUGAAUGUAAAUAAAAAUCCUAUUAAAAUGUUGUGAUAGGACUCCAA